AUGUUUCAGGAGCAUGAGUCGUCUUGGUUCGUACAUGAGGCAUUGUGUGGGAUGAAGCUUCUUCAUGUUAAGGAACUUUGCAGUGGUCUUGGUGCGUUGGGCAAGGGUGCAGAAUUCUUAGGGUUCCAGGUGGUUGCCAUGUGCGAAUUGCAACAGCCGACCUUGUCGGUUGCUGGGCUCUCCACCCGAGCCGCACUUGUGCAUGGAUCAGUUCAGGAUCCUCGUGUGAUUCAGGACCUUUGGCAGGCCUGCCCUGGCCCGUGCAUAGUCUGUGCUGGCUUUCCUUGCCAGCCUGACCAGCAAGGUGCCCUUGACUCCAGAGCAGAAGUGCUCCCGUCGUGCCUCCGUGCUUCGUUGUUCUUGCAAGCCCAGGUCAUAGUCUUUGAGUGUGUGGAACCUGCCUCCAGGCAUGCUUGGGUUCGUGCUCAGUUGCAAGCGUUCUGUGCCCACACAGGGUUCGCCAUGCGAGAGGUCAUCCUUGACCUCAAGGAUGUUUGGGUCUCUUGUAGGCUUAGAUGGUUGGUGGUUCUUAGUGCCCCUGGUUUCCCGGCUCCCCAGCUUGAAGCUUGGCCUUGUGACGCCGCGGCUCUGUCGGUCUCGCAAGUUCUAAACUCAUUCUGCCAAAUUCCAGAGGAGGUUCACCAGCUUAGGUUGGACGAGGAAGAGGUUCACGCGCUGCAGGCUCACAAGCCCCUUUCUGCGUAUGCCAUUCGGUUGGAGGGCAAGGCGCCCACAGCGCUCCACUCGUGGGGGUCUCACACACGUGCCUGCCCUUGUGGCUGUCGACUGCGACCCUUUGGUGAGGAGCUUGCAAUGGGGGCUUCAGCGUUACUUGUGCCGCUCGAGUCAACUGGGCUCUACCGUCACUUGAGGCCACCCGAGUUGGCAUUGCUCAAUGGUCUUAGCCCGGCCCUUUCCUUUGGAAGCAACCUACGCUUGGCUGAUUGCCUGAUUGGGCAGCUUACCUCGCCCCUGCAGUCUGGUUGGGUGUUUGCGUCUCUGCUGCCAUCCUUGCAGUUGCUUGAUGUGCCUGUCAUGUCUCUUGAGCCUCACCAAGCUCUCCAGUGCAUGCGUGACUCGCUGUGCCGUGAUGCUGUUGAAUGUGGGCUCCUUGUGCAAGAGUUGCCUGCUGCUCAGCCCUACCCGUCUGGCCCGAGCGGCCGAGUUCAGCAUGCUGCUCCUGCAACUCUGGAGGUGCCGCUCAACCAGGACAUUCGCAUCUGCCUUCGUGUUCCUGUUGCUGGUCCUGUGGGCAUCUUGCUUGACGCCAUUGCUGACACCACAGGCCAUGUUGUGACUCAGGUUGCCAACCCGAAAGGUGACAUUCUCUGCCGGCGUGAUUACCUGAAGGCUGGGGAUGAGUUCUGCUUAAUGGUUCCCUUUCAGCCAGCGUCAGCGUGGCGUGACUUGACAGUCACUGUGCCCUCACUGGGGGUUCUGCGGAGGGCCCUGUCUCCUUCAUUGCCAGCUUCCCGUCGCUUGGCCAUGCUUGAAGAGCAGGAUGCUUGGCUUGCUGAUGAUCAGGUUCAGGCCUGCCUCCUUGCCAUUGCUCGUGAUGCCGACAAGCCUGUGUUGGUCAUUGACCCGGUUGCUGCCACCUAUGCCCUUAAGACUCAAGAUCCUCAGUGGUUGCAAUCGCCCUCUGCGUGUCUCCCGGCAGACAGUCAUGUCAUCACUCUUGUGCUGUCCAAGGGCCACUGGAUUGCCUUUCAUUGGCAAGUUGUCAUCGGGGCUGUUUUUGCCUGGGCCAGCGAGUUGGACCGAUUCCAAGACGCCAUUGACGGCAUGCAUUCCCUCUUUGUUGUUGGUGCGCCGCCGCUGCCUUUGCAAGACGUGGUUCAGUGCAUUGCGCGAUUGCUUCGGGAGUUUGCAGAUGAGCUCCAGCGUGGCGGGCUGCUUCGUGCCCCCUUGCUUCUUGGUGGCACCACUGCCUUUCUUGAGCAUGGCCUUGCUUCCUUGCUUAAGUCAAAAGGUGUGCUGUCGGAUCAGGCUGCUGAGCGAGCCCGUGCUGGCAUCCAACGCCUCACGGCGUCGGCUAUUCAAAAUGCCAUGUUGUCUAACAACCCUUGGCGUCAACUCAAGCAGCUGGCUUCAGGAGCUUCACCCCCUUUUCAGUGGGUACUUCCGUCUGAGCUUCAGGCGCAAAUUGCACUGCGGGCUGCCGUGACCGAACCUGUGCCUCCCAAGGGCAAAGCCAAGCGCAAGGUCACCGCUCGGGCCAUGUCGUCUGCCUCUGCUGUUGGCAACCAUGUCCCAACUCCUCAACAGAUCUCGGUUCCUCAUGGUGUCUUUGAGUGCGAUGGCGAGCCACUUGGUCAACUUGACCUUUCCCAGGUUGGCCCCUCCAGCUCGGGCGUUGUUCUUCUUGAUGUCGCGACGGCUGCUCCGUACAUGCACCUGCAGAAGCCGGUCUCUUCUGGACCUCUGGCUCUCUUGGUCCUUGGUCGCCUUGACCCCGCUUCCGUUAAGACACCUAGUGCCUUGGUCAGGUUUCAAGCCGCCUGCAGCGCGUCGGGUGACCCUGUGCUUCUGUCAGCCAUCAUGCUUCAGAUUGGUGACCGGAAGGUGCAGAAGCAUGUGCCAGCCAACCAGGCUGUCCUUGAGGUUGCGCCGUCGGCGGUCAUUCGGGUCAAUGUGUUUAGGGAUUCCCUGCAGCUCCCGUGGGAGGUCAUUGUCAAAGCGCCUGUCAAGGCCAUAGUUGACUCUUGUGAGCCCUUGCAAACGUGCACAGCCUUGGGAUGCGAGUGUUCUCGCUGGCACGUCACUUCUCCACAAGACCCAGACGCUUUGCUUGAAGUCUGGGGCAGACACUUUGGCUCCACGCAGUUCCGUGCCAUGGCCCCUGCUGAUGCAGAGGUCUUUUCGGUUUACCUUAGGGUGCCUGCUGCCCUUGAGCGCAAGGUUCUUCUUCUUUCCGGCCUUGGCGGCUUCUUCUUUGAGCCUCGCGCGCCUGAUUCUCGCAAGCCUGCGGAGGGGUAUCAGGUCAUCUGGCUCCCCAAGGCUGGGCUUCACGAGGCCACCCUCAUCCGGCAGAGUCACUCUAUGGUGCUUGGGCUUGCCCGUGUCGCUGCGAGAUAUGGCGUUCGCUGCCCUACUGAGCAUGCUGAGAAGCUGCAUCAGCUACUUCGACCUGGGGUGCCGUUCCUUGCGGCCACGGUUGUUCGCCACUUUCAUGCUGGACCUUUCCCUUUUGGCACGCAACGUCAGGCCAUUGCUCGUGCCUUCUCUCACUUAUCCUGGGUUGCAAAGCCACUUCAGCCCUUGCCGGGUGCUACGGACGGGGGUCUGUGGUGGGCCGUCCAGGCCAAUGAGGCUCCCCCGCAAGCUGUGUUGUUCACUCAGCAUGGUGAAAUUUUGGUGACGGAAGUGCGCUCAGGCGCUGGCUCUCCUGCGCAACCUCCUGCCACUGUGGUGGCUGCCAAGCCGACCUUGCGUUCACUCCAAGCUCCUGCGCCAGCAACGGUUGACCCUGACCCCCUCCAAACUGAGGACCCGUGGCAGCAGUAUCUGACAGCCAAAGGAGCCACCGAGCGGUCAUCGUCGUCCACUGGCCCUGCUGCUGCAUCUCAGCCCGACCUUACCAAGCUUGCCGCUCAAAUUGAGCACAACGUGCUGCAGAAGGUCUCCUCUCAGGUACAGGCUGCGUCCGGUGAGGUUGGUGCCAGAGUCUCGGCCCUUGAAACUCAGGUCCAGGGCAUUCAAUCCAAGGUUGAGUCCCAAGAGAGCACUUUGAGGUCCCUCUUUGCCGACCAAAUGAGUCAAAUCGAGGUGCGGGUGUGCCAUGUCGCUUCUCAGCGAAGUCUGUUUGGAGUGGAUGCCGUGGUCUCCUGCAUUUACGCCGUGUCCGAGACUCAUCUGGCAGCUCAGGGCUGUCGUCGCUUUCAAGACGGCCUACGCUUCUCCAAGUCUUCUUUCCGCUUCUUGGCUGGGUCUCAUGUUCCGCUGAGGCCAAGGAGUGACCAUUCCGGUGUGUAUAGUGGAGUCGGCUUUCUGUCCUCCGUACCGGCUCGAAUUUUGCCACAUGAUUGGAGUUACGACCUGUACUUUUCCAGCCGUAUACAGGUUGCAGCCUUCUAUGUUCAGCCCCACUGGAUCACUGGAGCCGUGGUGUAUGGGUACGCCACCGGCAAGCAGAGAACACCCGAACUGCUUGAGGCGGCGGCUCGCCGCGUCAUGCUUCAGUCUUCUGGGCCUCGCUUUCUGGCAGGAGACUUUAACCUGGAGCCCUGUGAGCUUCAGCUUGAGCAGUGGCGUGCGUUGGGUUUCCGUGAGGUGCAGGAUGUGGCUUGGGAGUUGUUUGGCACCGAACCAAAGCCAACUUGCAAAGGUGCCACCAGGAAGGACUUCCUUUUCUUGUCGCCUGAGCUUCAACAUUGUCUCAGAGCAGUGAGUGUUGAAGCAGACUGGUUUCCGGAUCAUGCGGUCCUUUCAUCUUCACUUGAGUUUGGUGAUUUGCUGGUGCCUCGCUUUCAAUGGCGUCAGCCUCGCCGUCGGCGCUUGGGAGCGGCUUUGGGUUGUGAGCAGAAGCCAGGAGGCCGCAAGGUCAUUAAACCGUUGCCCCCGAGUCCUGCCUGGGCCCCGGACAAUACUGCUGAUGUGACCGCGCGGUACAUGCACCUGUGUCACUCGUAUGAGGAUCGACUGUCUGAGGCCCUCGUUGCUGGUCAAGGUCAUCCGCUUGCGCCGUCCGAGCGGGGGCGCGCUGCCACCUCCGACAUUACGCUUGUUUGGGACUCCGCUGCGCCUGUCUCCAAGGGACGCCCCGGUGAGGUUUGCCCAACCUUCUUCCCUGCCAGUGUUCGCCACUGUCAUUGGUUCCGUCAGCUUCGACGCAUCCAGGCACUGGAGCAAGCCUUGCGUAAGGGUGCACGCUCCCCUACUGCGGUGACACACCGUGCAUCCUUGUGGCACUCCAUCUUGGCUGCUCCUGGCUUUGACCCCUCCUUUACGCUCUGGUGGUCGUCCUUCCCUGACCGUGCUGGGGUUGCACUCCCCCUGGCUGUUCCCAGCCUUGACCUUGUUUCCAACAUGUUUGUCACUUUUCGCAGGGACGUUGAACUCUUUGAGGCGGACUUAAACAGGCGAAGGUGCCGAGAGGCUCAGGAGAGGCGCAGACUGUGCCCUCAUAUGAUCUUCCGUGACAUCAAGGAUGCUCCUGCUGCUCCGGUCUCCUCCUUGCUUGCAGGGGUCCGUGUCCCCAUCGAGGAAGUUGCUGCUGACGAAGCUGCAGUCGUCUUUGCUGGCCCGGUGUCUGUUGACCCUGCCUGCCCUGUGUGGAUCCAGGGCGCCCAGCAUCAGGUCAUUCAUGCCGAGGAAGACAAGCUUUGGCUGUCACCGCCGCCAGGGUGUGAACCAGGUGCUAUCCUCCACCAAGACAAAAUUGUGGGAUCGCUUCCUGCUUUGCUGCGUUCCUUUGGUAGCGUCUGGGCGUCUUAUUGGCAACGACAUGAUGGGGUCUCUGUUGGCAGGUGGGCCGAGGCCAUCAACGCACUUACUUUUGACCAGGUGCCUGAGGUUGCAUUCCCGCCUUUCACUCCUGCACAGUGGCGUCGUGAGGUUCAACGUAAGAAGGUUCAUACUGCCCCUGGUCUCGACUCGAUCAGCCGGGAGGACCUUCUCCUGUUCCCAGAUGACCUUCUAAGUGAGCUGCUUAGCAUCUACCAGCAUGCAGAGGCUACUGGCGAGUGGCCCCGACCGGCCCUGGAGGCUGUUGUCUCUGCCCUGGCCAAGAGGCCCUCGGCCACUGAUGUGGGCCAUUACCGGCCAAUCAUUGUGCUUUCUUUGGUUUACCGGGUGUGGUCAUCGCUUCGUGGCCGCCAGUGCUUGGCUCACCUUGCUCAGUUUCGGCCAUCAGGCCUUUACGGUUGCCUCCCAGGCUUGUCUGCUUCUCAGCUGUGGUGGGGACUUCAGGCGCGCGUUGAGUCGGUUCGGCACCUUGGUGGGCAGGUCUGUGGCCUGGUUGCUGACCUAGUGAAAGCCUUCAACCAUUUACCUCGCGUUCCCACAUUGGUUGUUGGUGCACGCCUGGGUCUACCUAAAGGCGUUCUCCGAGCCUGGCUUGGUUUCCUCAGCGCCUUUGGCCGCCGGUUCCGCGUUCGGGGCUCAGUAGGCCCGCCAUUGUUCUCUUCCACGGGCUUUCCGGAAGGCUGCGCCAUGUCGUGCGUUGCCAUGACGCUUGUGAACAUUGCCCUUGAUGACCACAUCAAAGCACAUGCUCGCCCUGCUGAGUUGUUAACUUUCGUGGACAACUGGGAGGUUGUGGCGCAGACUGUGCCUGAAAUAGAUGGUGCUCACACUGCCCUUCAGACAUUCUGCAGGAGGUGGGAUCUUUGUCUAGAUCCCACCAAAACCUUUGCUUGGGCUUCUGAGGCCAGCGAUCGUGCAGCUCUCCGUAGCUUGGGGCUCAGUGUUCACCAUGAUGGGCGCGACCUGGGUGCACACAUGCAAUACAGCCGCCGCUUGACAAACUUCACGCAAGUUGCUCGAUUGGCCUCCCUUGAGUCAUGUUGGAUCCGUUUGCGAGAGUCCCCAGCCCCUCUUACGCAAAAGAUGUCGGCUAUCGUGAGUGCAGCGUGGCCGCGAGCCUUGCAUGCCGUUGCCCUUGUUCAUUUGGGUGAUCGUCACUUCACCUCGCUCCGGUCUUCAGCCAUGAAGAGCCUUCGCUUGGCCCGCCCGGGGGCCUCUGCUAAGUUGCAGUUUUCUCUGCUUCAAUACCCCACGGCUGACCCAGCUUUUGUGGCACUGCAGCAGUCAGCGCUUGACUUGUGCAGAUUUUCUACACAGUACCAGGCGAGGGCAUGCCUUGAUGCCAUCGCGCAGCACUGCGGUCCCCGUAUCCCAGGCCCCAUUGGGGUUCUCUUGGCUAGGUUUAACGGGGUUGGGGUCUCCUGGAUACCAGACAGCGCUUCCUUCUCUGAUGAGUUUGGUCUGUGGUCACCUUGGAGCAUCUCCUCGGUUGAGGUCUCUUUUCGCCUUGCGUGGCACUGGCAGCAAGUAGUCAUGGCCCAGACUGCUGUCCGUGCAGGCUUUCAAGGUCUCCGCAAUGCUGACCCUGCCUUAACCCGCCGGGUCUUCUUGACGUUCUCUCCGGAGCAGCAGGCUUACCUCCGUGUUUGCUUGAAUGGCACCUUCUUUACCCAAGCUGAGUUGCACCACAUCGGCUGUGAGGAGUCCAACGCGUGUCUUUACUGUGGCGGUCCUGAUGGCAUCCCGCACCGCUUGUUGGAGUGCCCUCACUUUCAGGCUGAGCGUACCUCCUGCACGCGCCUUGCUGAGCUCCAGAACUUGUCACCGUGUCAGUUCUGGCACUGUUGGGCGCUUCGCUCACCGCUCCACCUUCAGCUGCAGCGCGCACUGGCUGUCCUGCCUUCGGUGCCUGUCUUUCAGCCGGUCAAUGCUAGGGCCCAGUUUGACCUCUUCACGGAUGGCACAUGCUUGUGCCCGACCAUCCCGGAGCUGCGCCUUGCUGCGUGGUCUGUGAUCGUUGCACGUGACAGCGUUGACCAGCCCCCGGUCGUCUUAGCUUCCGGCCCGCUGCCUGGCCUCCUGCAGUCUUCUUUCCGCUCCGAGCUCUUUGCAGUGUAUGCAGCAGUCUUGUUUGCGGUUCAGGUUGGGGUCCCGGUUAGGGUUUGGUGUGAUUGUCGUGGGGUGGUUCUUCGACUUCGCCGAAUGCUUGAGGGUGGCACCGUGCAAUUUGGCACCAGCAACUCUGACCUUUGGAAGCUCAUUGAAGAGUGCCUGAUGCAUCUUGUUGCACCUCUCACAGUACACAAAGUACCGUCGCAUGAGGAUCCAGCAUGCCAUGAUGAUGAGGUUAGCUUGUGGGCUAUUGACAAUAAUAGCCUGGCUGACCGAGCCGCUGAGCAGGCCAAUCUCCAGCGUGAUGCAGAAGUUUGGCAGCUCUGGCACGGCCUCAGGCGGCACCUCGUGGAUGAAGAGGCUAGGGUCAAGGCCAUCAUGAAGUUCCACGUCGACAUUGCGGUUAAGUCUACCACAGAUAAGGGCAAACGCCAGCUGCCGCCGCUUCGCUUUGUCACGCAGCCGAAUGUUCCGCCAGUUCAGACAUGCCCUGAUGAUGUGCAGUGUGCUCCCUUGUGGGGCAAGUAUGGUCGUACAUUUAUUCAGGCUCUGGUGCUCUGGUUGCAAUGGUUGUUAGCGCAAGCCAACGAGGCCGGCAGUGUUUGUCGAUGGGUUUCGGUGUACCAGCUGUACUUCUCCUUUGUUUUCCGAGCAAGGAUGUCUCCUCCCACUUACUGUGCAGCCUCUAAAAGCUGGAGGCGCAACCCACAUGCGCAACAGGCUCUACCAAAGAGGGUUCGGUGGUUUGGAAGGCAACUGAAAGACGUGCUACACUUAGCAGGGGCGGGCUGGCCCACAUGGGAAGGCAGACCUUCAUCGUCAAUCCUUUGUCAUCGCAUGCUUGUUUUACCAGUUCGCUGCCAAUCGGCAACACUUGAGCUGGUGGACACCUUCCUACUUCAGCAUCGUCGUGGACAAGGCAAGGACUGGUGGAGGUCGGUUCCCCUGCCCGAAUGGGCACUCUAG